GUAUGUAUAAGCAACAUAGAACUUGCCAAAAUUUGGAUACGAAAGAAACCAAAUUAAAGGAUCGGAUAUGUAGAAGAAAAGUAUCAGAAGUGAAAUAUGAGGAUAAAACUGUUCCUCGAAUGUAUUGGAAAGGUAAAAUUAAAAAAGUGGAGCAACCGGUUAUUCUUCCCCACGAUCGACGUAAGCAAUAUGUUCAGAAAAUGGUACCAGAGGAUGUGUUUUCCGCAAUUUUAAAUGUUCUUUGUUUUGAAGAUGAGGAUAUUACUGAGGAUACACACAAAAAAUCAUCUGUGGGCGAACUAGAGAAACUGGAACGUGUAGCCGAAACAGUGCCAAGGAAACAAGAAUCAUUUGAGUUACAAAUACCUGAAGAAGAAUUGUUACCCGGACAUACAUCCAAAGUGAAUCCGUAUAUAAACUUUUUGAAGAAGUCUUCAGAGGAUGCUAAUAUAUGGCUGCCAAAGAAACCACCAGAUUUUCGAGUGAAACCUUUAAUUGAAAAGUCUUCAAUCAUUACACAUAAUAUUAUUAACGACUUUGUUGAAUGGCUAAAUACAUUAGGACCAAUCAAUUCGGAUAUAUCAUUAAAUGAAAAAACCCUUCAAAAAAUGUUCCGGAUAGGAAUAAAUGAAUUUGCAAUUAAAUCACUUUGUAUUGAUGUCAAAGAGAUGGGAUCGGUCCCGUUUGCUGUUGCCAACGCUACUCAACAUCCUGAAAAAUCAACACGCAGAGUUUUGCAAGAAAAUCUGGCUAGAGAUAUAAAAGCGGAAAAAUUAAAGAAACAUACACACGCAUUCGGUUCUGCAUUACCCGUUGAGUUACAAAAAUUUCCACCACAUAACGACACAUAUAAUAGAUGGAUUAAAUGUUCAAUUCCAAACGAAUUGAAAACAAUGGAAUGUGUUUUUAAAGACAUCACAGAGAUCAACUCUGUUAAAGCCUACUGUCAAUGGUUAAUUGAUCAUCCGAAAUUACCAAGGCCACAAUAUUUAGUUGAUAUGGGCUUAUUAAAUCCUAAAUACUGGAAACAAACUAUGUCAGUUGAUACGAGAGAACUGGAAGCCUUUAUUGCUGCAACAUUAAAAAAAGAAUACCCGUCGCUAGAACGACAAAGCAAAAAAUCCAUCACCUUUGAUCGUGCAAGUAUGAGUAUGACGUUCCUUGAAUAUCGAAUUGAAAUGGUGCUUCACUCAAGUUUAUCAGAUGAAUCAUUAGACGAUGGAAUACUACGUUUGCCAGCGCUUCCAUCAAAAAUGGAAGCUCUGACUACAUUCCGUAAGUGUAUAAUAACAACCUAA